CCGGGUAGCUCCGCUUGCGCUCGCUCGCUCCGCGUUCCGCUGCGGGGGCCAGGAAGGCGGGAAAGGGGAGCAGCAAAAGCGCCCGGCUUUGGUGAACCGGAGGCGGUGGGAGGAUUCCUCUGAAUCUUUGGCUCAGGAUUCUGACCCAUGGGCGGCGUCUAAGGUCUGGCGUUCGGCCCCAGAAAAGGCAAGAGUCUUUCCUUUCCACGCUCAGCCUUGCUCCCUCCUUCUCUGGGCUCCGGCUGCGGGAAGUUUCCCAUUGCUAAGGAGCAGCAGGGAAGGGACGGACUGAAAUGAAGGACAGCGUGGUUGUGGGAAAGCAACAGCCUUGGGCGCGCGUGGAGCUCCUUUGAAAAGCGAGGACCGCUGGCUUGUUUUUCCCCUUUCCUCCUCUGAGCGGGGGACAAGGGGGGCGGGCGAGAAGGGGAGAGGGUGCUCAGCCUCCGGAUUUUGCUCGCUGAGUUAGAGAGGGAGAGCCGACAGGUUCGGAAGGGCAUCCUUUGGUGGGAGCGACGCGGGAGCGGGUCUGGCAGGCUACCGCCGUGCCUUUAGAGUUUUAUUUUCCAGGCAGCGCAGACCAUGGCCGCAGAAGCACCUGCCGCUUCCAGCGACAUGAAUCAGACCUGGGGCUUGCCCUGGCCGGAUUUCAACGCCUCCAGGUCCUCCUUUCAUCGGCACUCAGAGAAGAAGGCCAGCUUCCUCUCCGAAAUUGGCAUUGAGAACUUUAUCACCUUGAUUGCCUUUGGCCUCAUUUUCACCCUGGGAGUGAUGGGCAACUCUUUGGUCAUCACGGUGCUGGCCAGGAGUAAGCCAGGCAAGCCCCGCAGCACCACCAACAUUUUUGUGCUCAACUUGAGCAUUGCUGACUUGGCCUACUUACUCUUCUGCAUUCCUUUCCAGUCUACUGUGUACAUGCUGCCCAACUGGGCGUUGGGUACCUUCAUUUGCAAGUUUAUCCACUACUUCUUCACUGUCUCCAUGUUGGUCAGCAUAUUCACCCUGUCAGCUAUGUCCGUGGACCGCUAUGUGGCCAUUGUGCAUUCCCGGCGCUCCUCAUCCUUGCGGGUGUCCCGUAAUGCUCUGCUGGGGGUAGGGAUCAUCUGGCUUCUCUCUAUUGCCAUGGCUUCCCCUGUGGCUCACCAUCAGCGCAUUGUCCACCAAGAAUUCCUUAACCAGACCUACUGCUGGGAAGUGUGGCCCAAUCUCCAGCACAAGAAAGUGUAUGUGCUCUGUACCUUCAUCUUCGGAUAUUUGCUACCUCUGCUGCUCAUCUCCUUUUGCUAUGCUAAGGUCCUCAAUCAUCUUCAUAAGAAGCUGAGGAACAUAUCAAAGAAGUCAGAAGCAUCCAAGAAGAAGACAGCUCAAACUGUCCUCGUGGUUGUAGUGGUUUUUGGAAUAUCCUGGCUGCCGCAUCAUGUUGUCCACCUCUGGGCUGAAUUUGGGGAUUUCCCCCUGACUCAAGCUUCAUUUGUCUUCAGAGUAACAGCACACUGCCUGGCUUAUAGUAAUUCUUCAGUGAAUCCUAUUAUAUAUGCAUUCCUUUCUGAGAAUUUUAGGAAGGCCUACAAGCAAGUGUUUGAAUGCCAGAUUGGUCACAACUCACCUCUGAAUGAAGUUAAAGAUAAUAAGAGUAAUAUCGACACACCACCAUCUACCAAUUCUACACAUGUUUGAAGAAUAAAUGUCUUUGGCUAUUGUGCUGCAGUUUCAUAUGGAUGGACUUGCUUCAGCUGCUUUUAUUUAAAAAAUGCAGUUUCCAAACAGAGCCAGUAUUUCAAGGUUUGCAUUGGUAAUUGGUAUCCAACUUAUUGAAGUUCUGUUUAUUUUGUAGUUGGAAGGAAUAAGUAAAUCUGGUUCAUAAACAAAAUGCUUUAAUACACUUCUUUCUGAAAGAAUUUUGAAUGAGAGUGGUUUUUUAAAAAUUAUACCAGAAGUUGAAUAAGAUUAAUGUAUAAUUCAUCUUGCUAUAAUGUAUUUAUUUUAUGCUCAGCUCAAUUUUAUCUCCUAUACAAAUUUAUUAAUAUAAAUCAUUUAAGCCGUUAUUUCCCAGUACGUACAUUUCAGUUUGUCCCAAAUGAAAUGGAAUUCAAAUUGAACCAGAGGCAUUUAAAUCAGUGAAUGGGAGUAUCCUCCUAUUAUUUUCAUAGAUUGUGGAAUGACCCUAUGUAAUUAAUCACAGUUAGAUAAUGGUUGCAGUUCAAUAUAAGAGUGUCUAUUCAUGAAACUUUCUUCCAUGGUUGUUAUACAUGGUAAGGAAGAUCAGAGUAUCUUCUAGGCAUAUAAAUUGAUUAGGAUAAUUAAAGAACAACACAUAGAUGUGUUUUCUCUGGUGCAAGGGGCAGCUUUUGGAAAUUGGCACAUGGUAAUGGCAUACACAUACCUUAUCAGCCUACCUACCUGAAUGUGUAUCCACAUUUUAAUAUUAUAGUUGUUACUAUUUUUAAGUACAAUGUAUAGUAUAACUCUUGCAUAACAUCAAUUUGAAGAGACACAUUUUUAGAUUUUAAGGAAAGAAUUUUAAAAGUAAUGGGUAUUCUAAUUUAUAUUCUGCAGUCUUAAAUAAUUUCAUGCACAGGAGACAGUUUGCUUAUUUAUUUAAACAGUUCUGUAACUUGGAUCCAUGUUAACUAUUUAUUUUUCUGGUUUGUGAGUAGAGUUGAUUUCAAACUAUUUUUUUUCUUGUACCUGAUAUUUGCAUAAACUGUAUAAUAGCAGAGAUACAAAACAUGGGUUAUUAAUGAUAAUUGCAAAAAAGGUGGUAAAGCACAUAUGUUUCAUAUGCAUUUUUAGAGAAGGAUUAGAAUAAGCAAUGAGUUGAUAGCUGUUUUCAUUCAGUACCUACUAGUUACUACCACUUCUAAGUGUAUCUGACAAAGGCACAGGAUACAUUCCUGUACAUUCUGUGAUAGACUGUUAAAAAAAAGAACAGUUAUAAUGGAAAACUGACCCUAUCAAGUAUUUUAAAAAAAAUAUGCUUACCUUUACUUUCAAGAAGUCUAGAUUUCACAUCUGCUUUAUGGAGCUGACAUGUUGAAUGAGGGAGCACACUGUACAUUGUUGCAUAUUACAAAAUGCUUUUUCUCCAUUUUGGUCAGUUCCUUGGAUCUGAUCAUUUUGAAACAAAUGGUCAAAAUGUUCCAAAGAUUGUAGAACAGUAGUGAUAACAGGUCAUAUGCUGGAAGCCCAACUGUAGCAAGGGUGAGAUAGUAACAGGCAGCGUUAGAAAGGAAAGAUGUAAAACUGAAAAUACAGGUAGUCCUCACUUAAUGGCUGCCUCAUUCAGCAACCGCUUGAAAUCAUAACAGUGCUGAAAAAGUAACUUUACAGCCAGUGCCUGCAAUUAUGUCCUUCGCAGCAUCCCUCAGUCAUGUGAUUGCCAUUACAGUCAGUAUGUGUUGUCCUGUGCCUGGUCUAU